AGCGCUUACUCACUUUACCCACCUUGCCAAAAGCCCUGUUCUGGACGUCUUCAAACCAAUUAAGGGUUUACCAGUAAGGGUCGUACGGCGGUAGCAAUGGAGGAAGCGGCGGCGACCGACGAGGCAGCCACACAGACUCCACGCUCAAGAGCUCCACACAUUAAAAAGAGAGCGCUCAAGAAUAAAUCUCUCUCAAUAUCUUUCAACGAGAAAGACCUAAUGGAUUAUGUAACUGGUUUUCACAAGAGAAAGAAGAAGAGAAGAAAAGAGGCACUGGAGAAACAAGAAUUAGCCCUACGAAGAAAACGUAUUGAGGCGCGCAAAAAGAGAAAAUUGGAGAGGGAAUUUGCUAUAUAUGGUGGAGCUGCACCUGAUUCAGGCAUAGGAUCUGAUGGAUCGGACGAGGACAAUGAAGGCGACGAGGAGGCUGAGCCAGUGGCAUCAGUUGCAGGGACAACGAUGUAUGACAAUGGUGACAUGCAAGUCACAGUGACAACAAGCGAGAUCCCUCGCGAACAAGAGAGCAAUAUUCUGGAGGGAUCAAGGCCUCGGUCCAUUGAAGGGCUUGAGAAGAGUAAGCAGAGCAUUAUUCAUCUGAGUAAAAAACAGCAAUUGAAGAAGGCUUCAAAGAAGAGAUCUCGGCCAAAGCCACAGAGCAAGAGAGAUAAAAAGAAGGGAAAGAAGAAGAAUACGAAUAAAAGGCACUAGACGUGUAAUCUCUCUCUCUCUCUCCUGGACCGAACUUUACAUAUGUUCCGUUUGUUUUACUUUCAACUUGAUGAGUAUAUGUUUUUUGUAGUCUAAUAUAUUAACUUUCCAUAUCUCCAUCAAGGUGUAAACAUUAUGGUACUUUUUUAUUCUUGCUCAUUUACUUCAAGUGGAUUUUAUGUAUUUAAACAGAUUUGGAAGUGGUAGUUUUUCUUAUUUAUAAGUACAAAAAGUUAUCUACUUUAGA